CAAGUACAGUGUUGAGCUGACGAUGUUGUGAAUGAACGAAAACGAGUGACGUCGACGGACGAAUGUCAACAAUGCGGCGAUCGAGAGUAGGCGUUCCAGUCGAGUGUAACCAACAGCGGGAGACAGACUUGCGCUCCGUGCAGAAACACUGCAAACGUAAUCCACGUAAUCAUAGCAGAAACAACAGGGAAGAAAAUCACGGACAUGUUUUUUAGAAGGUGAGACGAAUCAAACCCAAUUGUAGCCACUGAAGCAAAAAGUCGAAAAUUGCAGUCGGGAGGAUUUAAAUAGAGCAAAGCAAUCCAUCAUGUGAAAGAACUUGAUUGUGAAACGGAUACGAGGAUUUGAUCGAGAAGGAAGAACACGAUUGUAAGCGGAAUGUCCGUGGAUGAGAGGCCUGAAGCUCCCAUGUAUGUGUAUGAGUCAACAGUUCAUUGUACCAAUAUCCUCCUCUGCCUUAAUGACCAGCGGAAGCAGGAUAUCCUGUGCGAUGUGACUAUCCUAGUGGAAGGCAAGGAAUUUCGCGGGCAUCGGGCCGUGCUAGCCGCCUGCAGCGAAUAUUUCCUCCAGGUGUUGGUCGGCCAGACGGAGAAUGGCUUUUUGGUCAGCCUUCCUGAAGAGGUCACUGCCAAAGGAUUCGUCCCGUUGUUGCAGUUUGCCUACACUGCUAAACUGUUACUCAGCAAAGAAAACAUUCAAGAGGUCAUCCGCUGUGCCGAAUUCCUGCGCAUGCACAACCUAGAGGACUCGUGCUUUCGUUUUCUGGAAGCUCAGCUGCGUAGUGAGGACAGCUUGCUGCACUGUCACAAUGUAGCUGCUGAGGGCAUCAACUCGGAGAAUGAAAGCAUGCAGUCAGAGACCGAAAGAUCAUCCUCUCCGACGAUACAACGUGCUGAUGAUCUCGCCACCUUUCAGUUCCCCGGUGAGGAUCAAUUAACAAUGACCGGUAACUUCACAGACGGACGAUUGGACUUCGAUCGACGCCGAGGAUCAGACCUGCCGCGAUGCCCGAAGUACCGGAAAUACCAAUGGGCUUAUAAAAAGCACAAUGAUGAUUUGUCUUCACACACCAGUACCUCAGGUUUUCCAAGCACAAUAAAAGAGGGCAACAUUAGUGGGGGAGUAACGGAUCCAAACAGGUUGCCUUUGACAGAAAUCAAAGUUGAACAACAAGUAGAGGAAGAGGCCAUCUCAUUGGACAUUACUGAUAGCGCGUCAGCAAUGGAGAUGGAUAACCCCGCGUCUUCAGAAAUCAUCAAGAGAAUGAAGUCGGCAUCCUGCAUUCGAGCCUUACUUAAAAAAGGAGUGGACUGCUCCAAUCUGCCCAGUACACCUCAGCCACUAUUUGCAAACAGGCUCGUUUAUCCCCAGGACAAAGUUAACUCUCAGGGAGAUCACAAAAAAGACUUGAAAGGUCUUGCUGGACAAUUGAGUUGGUCUUUAUUAUCCCCAAAGAACAAUGACAAUUUCAGCGCAGAUCUGAAAUCCUGUGACGAAACCUGCAAACAGGAAGUUGAGCUCGAUCGAGGGACUGUCAUAUUUUCCUCCGGGGCCUGCAGUCGUCUGGGAAACCCGGCACAUUCUUACCCUGGUGGGAAUUCUUUUGAAACAGAGCUUCCUGAACACAUACCAAAGGAUCUUGGAGCUAGUCAGUCCCUUCCAAGCUCCCAGGCCUAUUCUCCCAGCACCACCUCCAGCGAACCCCAUCUACUGUGCCGUCCACGGUCAAACACCAGCUGUCCAGUUCCAAUAAAAGUCUGCCCACGCUCACCACCUUGUGAGACACGGACAAGGACAUCCAGUUCCUGUUCGUCCUACUCCUAUGCAGAAGACGGCAGUGGAGGCUCCCCAUGCAGCCUGCCUCAAUUUGAGUUUUCUUCGUCACCUUGCUCCAACAUGGCCCGCUGUCUCAAUGUUGACCAGCAGGACCACAACGUAGGGGAUGGAGUUUUUAUCCAGGGGCAAACCAACAUCAAAUGUGAACAGUCCUAUGGCACCAAUUCCAGCGAUGAGUCGGGUUCUUUUUCCGAGGGAGACAGCGAGUCCUGCACUGUACAAGAGCGUGGCCCAGAGGUGAAGCUACCUUUCCCUGUUGAUCAAAUCAUAAAUCUUCCAAGGAAUGACUUCCAAACACUGGUGAAAAUGCACAAACUGACCUCAGAGCAACUCGAGUUCAUCCACGAUGUGAGGCGAAGAAGUAAGAAUCGCAUCGCUGCCCAACGCUGCCGCAAAAGAAAGCUCGACUGUAUCAUGAACCUCGAGUGUGAGAUUCGAAAACUGGUAUGCGAAAAGGAGAAGCUGCUUACAGAGAGAAAUCAACUGAAGGCUUGUAUGGGGGAACUAUGGGAAAACUUUUCCUGCCUGUCCCAGGAGGUGUGCAGGGAUGUCCAGCUAAGUCCCGAACAGGUUCAGUCAUUGCACCACUACUGCCCAGUCCUACGCCCCACCAAUUCCACCGCCAGCCAUCACGCCGCCUACGAUCCCAAGCCUUGUAACAGACCUAACACCACCAGCAUCGAUCUCUGUUUGGACUCCGCCACACCUGAAACAAACAUUCCUGGUUCUCCAGGCCUUUUGGAGAUCAACUCGAUGGAAAACGGGGAAGACAAAGGUAUGGACAGCCAAUACAUUAGCUUGUACACAGAUUCAGGGCUGACCGUGGAGAAAUACGGUAAUCAGACGGUAACAGUUGAUUUUUGCCAGGAAAUGACCGAAAAAUGUACAACUGAUGAGCAGCCACACAAGGACUGUACUAAUUAAUAGUAUUUGUUUUUCAUGUUUAGUGUUAUUAUUAUUAUCAUCAUUAUUAUUUUCUUUUUUAUUAUUACUAUUAUUAUUAUUACUAUUAUUACUAGUAGUAGUAGUAGUAGUAGUAGUAAUAUUUAAUUAUACUACUCUGACAAACCCUCUCUUGGGGUUGUUGAUAAUACCCAACUUCUGCCAGUGUUGACAAAAAAUUAUAUAUUUUUAUGUAUUUAUGUUUUUCAUGAUUUCUAUUUUAUGAACAGUUGACACGCUGUCUUAAAAAAGCGGAAAUACUGUUCAUCAAGUAUUCCCUUACCAAAAGUGAGAGUUGCUCACUUAAGUCUUUACAAUGGUGCUAUGGCCCCGGCAGCAGCUUUGAGAGUCGGGCCGGGUUCAUGUCUUCAUGACACCCAAAACACAAAGAGGAACCUCAGUGGACAAAAAAAAAUUCGUUCUAUAUAUCGCUUUUAUUGGCAUGGUCCCAGUAUUUCUUCUCUUUGACUCGUUUUCAUGUACAUCCUCUCUUGCUUUUUUUUUUUUUGCUGUGACACUUUUCAUCUCUAGCUAUUCAAAACUCAGGAAGAAAAAAAUCCUCAGAAUGUUUACCAUAAUUCAUGCAAAAUGAGAAUACAGAUUUUAUACAUGGGGGGAAGUUAUCAUGCAAUUAGACUGUAAAAUGUUUAUGCAAACAUUUUCUUGUAAUUGUGUACAGGCUGUAAACUGAUAACAUUCCUUUUUUUGCCUUCUGGAGCUCUCGGUAUCAUUUUUUUUCUUUUUUUUUUGCUGGCAGAUGCAUAUUUUCUCUUUUUAACCAGCAAUACCUUGUUUGGAUGUUGACUUUGUGCUUGUUUGGCAAAAUGUAUAUAGUGUGAGCAUGAUUACUGUCAAUGACUUUGAACAGAUGUAGGCUUAGAUGUUUUUUUUUUCCCACCAAGGAUAGAGAAGGCUGAGGAAAAAAAAAUCUUCAUUUUUGCCAUCUCAGAUUGUAAAUAUUUCUCUUCCCCCAACAUGGUGGGUGCUCUUAAUUCUCAGGAAAACCGCUUCACAGACAUGCAUAUAGACUGAAAGACAUAUUUCUUAAAAUAAACACGACAAAAUUUAAGAUCCAUGUCUACACGUACAUGGAGACUAAAUGUAUGUUUUAAAUUAUCCGCUCUUCCCUGUUAUCUAAGUGAAUGAGGAUUUUAGGAAAAUUGUUUUGCUUUUUAAAAAGCAGACAACCUGAACUGUCUUUCCAAUGUAUUUUUAUUUUCUAUUUAUAAACUGGAAAAGUCUUGUUUACCAUUAAAGGUGUUAUGACUUGAAAUUCAGCCUUUGGACAAUUUAGCCACAGUCUAUAAAAUUAAUGAUUGCGAUAAUUGCCUUUGAAUUUAAUGGAAUUCAUUCCAAAAUUUGUGUUCUCCUUACAGUGGGAAUAUUUUAAAAAAAAAUGCUUGCACCAAAAUUACAAAUCAUGCCUCUACCCUUGAGAAUAAAUCAGUGUGAUGAGGAUUAGUGUUUUUAACACAAACGGUGCUGCAAAAGUAGCCUAGUGUAACAAAUUUUAUCGAUGUCCUUAAUAAAUGGGCAAAUACACUUCAUAUCAGCAUUUUUCACGAGAAAGGUCAAAGGGCUGAUCACACUUUUAACACGUCUCAACUUAAAUGAAUAAUUAAAUAAAUAUAUAACCACAAGAACUCGGCAAUCAUAAUUUCUGUGAAUAUUGAGUCAAAUAUAAAACUCUUUUUUUUACAUUAUUAGUUGUCAAAUAUGACAGAAUUUUUGCCAUGUAAAAUUGAUAGGACAGGUUUGCGAUUGUGUGAAAAUGUUUCCUUUCUCUUUAUGGGAUGAGUCAGCCGGAUUUUGAUAUGUGGAUACAUGCACCUCCAAUGUACAGUAUAUAUAUAUAAAUUCAGGGGCCUUGACCCUUCCCUCAAAAGUUUUUUCACACUGAUCUACCUGUGAAAUGACUCGUACCUCUCAUAACAGGUCAAUGACUGUAUCAACAAACUGCAUCAGGUGUUUUCUACAUGUUUUUUACUCAGAUUAUACAGACUAUUGUUUACUUGCAAGUUUUGGUGCAUCAUUUAUUGGAAUAACUUGUAGUUUAAAUUGUUCUCAUCUUUCUAAUUUUGUAUUGUUGUUCAUUUUAAAAUACUGUAAUGUGCUUAUUCGCUACGAGUUUUUUUUAAAAUGGUAAAUACAGUCACGAUUUGACGGUUAUUGUAAAUAUAUUGUGAAAAGUUUUCUCAAAUUCAUUUUAAUUGGCAGUGUUAUAAAACUUAAAGUACUGUAUCUUUUUUGUCUUUACGCCAUUUUGCUUGAUGAAAUAAACAUGCAUAUCACUGCU